CAUCGAAUGUUUUCUAAUAAAGGCUAAAGAACAGAAAAUAGGACAAACGUAGGGCUCUGCAAAGAAGGCUCCCCCCUUAUAAAGGUGAGAAAAUGAGAAAACAGAGAUGUAAAGUGGCUUCUCCAAGGUAACCCAGGGGGUGGGGCUGAGCUUGGAGUCCUAAACCUGCAUACUCGCAGCUCAGCCCUGACCACUCCAUCUGAGAACCUGCCUGGAAUAUUUCCAAGGGGGUCGCUCUGAAGACCCCAAAGACACCUGACUCCAGUCCCACUCCCCGACUUUACCAUGCGUUGGGCGCAUUUUGGCUCAGCGACUCACUUUGCCUUAAUCAGGGCACAAAUGAGGUCUCAGCAACACCCCUUCCUUGCCUUCACACUCGCCCACAACCGUCCACCCAGGAUUUCCGGCGCCAUCUCAGACCUCGGUGGAGAGUUGAAAACCUCUUCUGACACCACUAAACAGCAUCUUUCGGCACAGGAGUUGGGAAUUUUCCACAGCUGAAGCGUUCCUCUGCUUUUCACUAUGGGACAGGGCCUGGCAAAUUCCUUAUGAGCCCUGGGGGAGCUGACUAGACCCGCCCGGCCGUCAGUCCCACGCUGGGUCCUGGUAGGCUCUCGGAGCUGUCCGUUUUGACAGGGUGCUGUGCGCAGGCGCGAAAGGUGCCGGGACUGGGCUGAGUGCUGGGGUCGCAGAGCUACUGGAUCGGUCGGAGAUGGCAGAGGUGGAAGAGACACUGAAGCGACUUCAGAGCCAGAAGGGAGUACAGGGAAUCAUCGUGGUGAACACAGAAGGCAUUCCCAUCAAGAGCACCAUGGACAAUCCCACCACCACACAGUAUGCCAACCUCAUGCACAACUUCAUCUUGAAGGCCCGGAGCACCGUGCGUGAAAUCGACCCCCAGAAUGACCUCACCUUUCUUCGAAUUCGCUCCAAGAAAAAUGAAAUUAUGGUUGCACCAGAUAAAGACUAUUUCCUGAUUGUGAUUCAGAAUCCAACUGAAUAAGCCACUCUCUUGGCUCCGUGCAUCAUUCCUUAAUUUAAUAGCCCCCAAGAAUAAUAAUGUUAAGCAUGUCAACCAACUGGCAGGUGGAAAUCACCUUCGAGCCUACUUAGACCAGUCCAGUGACCAAAGUCAUCAAAGUUGUCCCUCUGCUGGCCAGUCACCCUUGAGUUCUUGGGUGGGCCUUCUUUCCUCAUCUCCAGAUUUUGGAGCAAGAGCUUUGAGCAGUCCACACCCUGCUUCCUUCUGACCUUCAGCUCACUUUGUCACCCUUGGAAAAGGCUGUUUUUCUUUAACUAAAAAUAACUGAAAUGCUUA